AUGGUUAACUCUUGUUGUGGCUCUGUCUGCUCUGACCAGGGCUGUGAUCAAGGCCUCUGCCAAGAGACCUGCUGCCGCCCCAGCUGCUGCCAGACCACCUGUUGCUGCCCCAGCUGUGUUGUAUCCAGCUGCUGCCGCCCAUCCUGCUCUCAGACUACCUGCUGCCAGACCACUUGCUGUCGCCCCAGCUGCUGCCGCCCAGUCUGUUGUCAGACCACCUGCCGCCCCAGCUGUGGUGUCUGUGGUGUGUCCAGCUGCUGCCGCCCACUCUGCUGUCAGACCACCUGCCACCCCAGCUGUGGUGUGUCCAGCUGCUGCCGUCCACUCUGCUGUCAGACCACCUGCCGCCCCAGCUGUGGUGUGUCCAGCUGCUGCCGUCCACUCUGCUGUCAGACCACCUGCUGCCGUACAACUUGCUGCCGCCCCAGCUGCUGUGGAUCCUCUUGUUGA